AUGCGCUGCACUCUUGCCCUCGCCCUUCUCACGGCCCCCGCAUUCGUGGCGGCAACCCUCCAGCCGGCCUACACCAACAGCAAAGGCAUGUGCCCUAAGACCGUCAAGUGCGAAGUGAUCGAAACGUCCCCUCCCAUCCAGGCCGCCGAGUGCUCGCACAACACGCGCACCCAUGAUAGGCAGACUUUUGCCGUCUUCAAGGUCGACCACCAGUAUGAUGGCAAUCACGGCUACCCCUACGGCACGUGCUACGCUUACACGUGCGAGGAGGUGCCGUCUGCGCAGGACAUGAUCGAGGACCCGGACUGCUGGACAUUCUUUUGGAACCAAAAUGGUCUGAACGAAAGCGUUGGAACUGGGUGCAUCAGGGAUCCCGACCACGGCCAAUGUGGCUGCGAGGAGUCGAAACACGGCAAGUUCUAUGUCGGCAAAACCGACUGCGUGUAA